AUGUCUCGCCCAGAAGACACACUACCCCCCGACCUCUUCUAUAAUGACUCCGAAUCCCGCAAGUACACCACCUCCUCCCGCAUACAACGCAUCCAAUCCGACAUGACGCACCGCGCGCUCUCCCUCCUCGACCUACACUCCCCCUCCCUCAUCCUCGACGUAGGCUGCGGCUCCGGCCUGUCUGGAGAAAUCCUCUCACAAACCGAAGACGAGGGCACUCCAGGCGGCCCGCACGUCUGGAUAGGCUUCGACAUUUCCUCCUCCAUGCUAGGCGUCGCGCUCGAGAAGGAAGUAGAAGGGGACUUAUUCCUCGCGGAUGCGGGGCAGGGCGUUCCGUUCCGACCGGGUACCUUUGAUGCUGCGAUUAGUAUCAGUGCGAUACAAUGGCUGUGCAACGCAGAAACCAGCCUCGACUCCCCGCUCGGCCGGCUAUCGCGGUUUUUUGGCGGGCUGUAUGCAAGUUUGCGCCGGGGAGGGCGGGCGGUGUGUCAAUUCUACCCGAAGAACGAUGAGCAGAAGAAGAUGGUGAGCCAGGCGGCGAUUAAGGCUGGGUUCGGCGCGGGGUUGUUGGAGGAUGAUGAGGGGACGAAGAAUGCGAAGACGUAUCUUGUGCUGACGGUUGGAGGAGGCGAUCUUGAUGGCGACAUUACCGGAGUGGUGAGGGGCAUGGAUGGUGUGGAUGUUAUGGCGCGGCCGGGUGCGGCGAAAGGCGGGAAAAGAGGGCAGGAGGUCAAGGGAAGCAAAGGGUGGAUUUUGAAGAAGAAAGAGCAGAUGGAGCGGAAGGGUAAGGUUGUGAAGGCGAAUUCGAAGUACACUGGGCGGAAAAGGAGAGUGCAAUUCUAA